AAAUUUCGAGGUCCUCUCACAGAUGGCACCGAGCACUGCCCAAUGGUAUCGCUUCCAUGCAUCGGCACCCGCGCCCGAGCCGUCCGCUUCCCAACCACACACGGAGGAGUCUUCUACACAGCAACUUAUCUUGGGUCCUGAAGAGGCCUUCCAGGAGCUAAAGGCCCGCGGAUGCCGGCUCGCGACUUUGCCAUGGGUAGAGAACCACUGGGGUCUGAUCCUCUGGAAGCUCGCCGGAAUGGUUGCGCUCGACCCACAAAGCGAGGCAGACGUUAAGUCGAGGAGAUGGUGCUGGGCUGAGGUCGUCCGACAGCUACUCUACAGGUACGAGCGUGAGCUCGACCGCGGCACACGGCCCCCGCUGCGUCUCAUCGCAGCUCAGGACAAGCCAGCGGGUCUUCCCAUGGUCCUCUGCGUAUCAGCCAUAUCCUGGCCGAGCGCUCCAGAUACUGGCUCAGAAGUCCCGCCACAGAUGGAGGCCACGCAUAACGACAAGCCAGAGGUUGAAAUGACUGAUGGGUGGUACCGUGUUCGCGUGGAGGUCGGUGAUUCGAUGAUCCGCGCGAUACGCCGCGGGGCGUUGCGUGUAGGGAUGAAAGUCGGAGUUGUCGGUGCUAGGCUACUCGACCGUCGAGCAGAACCCUUUGAGCUCCUUGAAAAUCCUCUAGCUGGAGUCGGACAGGAACCCUCAUUCGCGCUAACCGUUUCCGGUAAUGGCUGCCACCUCGCGCCAUGGCAUGCCAAGCUCGGAUUCCACAGCGAGCCUUUCGUCGCGACAUUAGGGAGUCUUACACCAGAUGGCGGGCUGGUGCCGGUCAUGGACCUGAAGAUUAUCAAGACAUUCCCGAUAGCAUAUAUUGAGUUUUUCAACAGCAAAGGAGAAAAAUCGUGGUCGGCGCCGAUGAAAGAGCCAGAGGAGGCUAAGGCUCAAGACGCGUGGAACGCCAAACGAGAUGCUGCAGUGCAGAGGAUCCGCGAGAAAAUGGACAAGCUAUCUCGCGAAUGGGAGAAACAAGCAGAUAGGCUCGAGAUUCGCGCGGGUCUGGAGUUCAAGCCUCGGCCGGAAGAUACCCAGCCCGAUACAAUAGAUGAUCUGCUCUGCACCAUGGAAGACGCGCUGACGACUCCACAGCCCUACGAGUGUCCGCAGGACAUCGUCUCGCGCACCUCUCGGGCAGAAGCUGGCUGGCUCGCACGGGCGAUGCGCGAGAAGAUUGCGAACGACAGGGAAAACAUGGCGGAAGAGAUAGAGAUAGAGCUCCAGACCGAGUGCCCGCCGCGGAAAGUGCGCAAUUUCCGCGUCCUCGUCGUGGAAGACGCGGAGACACGGAAGCGGCCGAAGCAGUUCCGUGCGCAAGUGACCAUCUGGGACGUGCUCGCUGCGUAUGUGAGCGAGGACGGGACCCCCGGCGACUUUCGAGCCGGUGAGCGGUUCAUUGCGACGAAUCUUGAGCCGAACAAUACCUCAGCGUGGAUGCCGCGCGGAGACGAGGCUGAGAUUUACCUGAUAGCCAGGCGGGACACUCGCUGGCGGAAAAUGAAGGCGUCUCGUGUGAAAUAAGAUUGACCAUUAUUCUAAUUUUCUGUAGACCUGCUACCUCAGACCACGUUUUAACCAUGAUGUCACGCAUGACUUGCGCACACUUUCCAUCAGCACCGC